UGUACAGUACGGUAGGGAAUUCCAGCGUGUUGGUCACUGGAGGAGGCGGGAAUCGAUCCUGCUGCUCUGCAGUCGGUGUAGCGGCGGAGGCUGUAACUCUGCUGUCGAGAUUGGAGCUGGAACCAGAGCUUUCAAAAGGACCUCUGUUGCCCUCGUGGUGUGUAAUUGAUAAGGAGUGAUGGGACAGCGCGGGGCUGUGUGACCGACUCACGUGGUUCUCGAGUGCUCAGGAGAGCAAGUGAGUGGACAUCCGUGCUGUUCCGUUCCUCUUAAGGAUUUCGGAGGUCAGCAGCAGUCACCAUACAACUGGGAGAGGACCGCUGUCCAUACUUUGUCCGAGAUUUCGUUUAGGCUUUGGAUUUUACGCUGUUUUAACCAGGAUCAGGAAUUUUUAAGGCCUCUACUGCCUUUCAGUGGUGAGCCUUGGAUCAAUAGUGCUUCACACAGGAUCCCACGGAACAAGUAAGGCGUUCGGAUCGCCUGCGAGAUGAACGGGGGUUUGUCUGGACUGCGUUCCGAGGCGGCAGGAGUCGUGCGGACAGUGCUGGUUUCCGCGGAAAAUCUUCAGCUCACGCUGAGGUCGGACGUCAGCCUGGAGGAAUGCGCCCUCAGUAACCACCAGCACUACGGAGGCUCAGAGGAGACAAAAAGCAAAGGGAACGAGGAUCUGAAGGAGAUGUUGGAGAGCACCAAGGAGUCCCUGAAACUGGAGGCCAUGAAGAGGGUGGUGGGGCUGAUUGCGAGGGGGAAGAACGCCUCAGAGCUGUUCCCCGCUGUGGUGAAGAACGUCGCAAGCAAGAACAUCGAGCUGAAGAAGCUGGUGUAUGUGUACCUGGUCAGGUACGCAGAAGAGCAGCAGGAUCUCGCCCUCCUGUCAAUCAGCACCUUUCAGCGUGCCCUGAAGGACCCGAAUCAGUUGAUCAGGGCGAGCGCUCUGCGGGUUCUGUCCAGCAUCCGAGUGCCAAUCAUCGUCCCCAUCAUGAUGCUGGCCAUCAAAGAAGCCGCCACUGAUCUUUCACCUUAUGUCAGGAAGACGGCUGCACAUGCAAUACAGAAGCUGUACAGUCUGGAUCCAGAUCAGAAGGAGCACCUGGUUGAAGUGAUUGAGAAACUGCUGAAAGACAAAAGCACGCUGGUGGCUGGCAGCGUGGUGAUGGCGUUCGAGGAGGUGUGUCCGGAGCGGAUCGAUCUGAUCCAUAAGAACUACCGUAAGCUGUGUAACCUGCUGAUGGAUGUGGAGGAAUGGGGACAGGUGGUCAUCAUCAACAUGCUCACCCGCUACGCCCGGACCCAGUUCGUCAGCCCGUGGAGACAGGAUGGUGUGUUUGAGGAGAACAGUGAAAAGGCGUUCUACGACUCGGAUGAGGAGAAGAAAGAGGGCGCCGCUCAGACGAAGCCUUACGUGAUGGACCCGGACCACAGGCUACUGCUCCGCAACACCAAGCCCCUCCUGCAGAGCAGAAACACUGCCGUGGUAAUGUCUGUGGCACAGCUGUACUGGCACCUGGCCCCUAAACACGAAGUGAGCGUCGUCACCAAAUCUCUGGUGCGACUGCUGAGGAGCCACAGAGAGGUCCAAUACGUCGUGCUGCAGAACAUCGCCACCAUGUCUAUCCAGAGAAAGGGAAUGUUUGAGCCGUUCAUGAAGAGCUUCUACGUGAGAUCAACAGAUGCUACACACAUCAAAACACUCAAGUUGGAGAUUCUGACUAACUUGGCUAACGAAGCCAACAUCUCCACCAUACUCAGAGAGUUCCAGACGUACGUUAAGAGCCAGGACAAAGCGUUUGCAGCUGCUACCAUCCAGGCGAUCGGCAGGUGCGCCACCAAUAUCUCCGAGAUCACGGAUGCCUGCCUCAACGGCCUGGUGCUGCUGCUCUCCAACAGAGACGAGACUGUAGUGGCCGAGAGUGUGGUGGUCAUUAAGAAGCUGCUACAGACCCAGCCUUCCCAACACAGCGACAUCAUCAAACACAUGGCCAAACUGUUCGACAACAUCACGGUGCCCAUGGCGAGAGCUAGUAUUCUGUGGUUGAUUGGUGAGUACUGUGAGCACGUGCCCAGAAUUGCUCCAGAUGUUCUGAGGAAAAUGGCCAAAACCUUCACCAGUGAGGAGGACAUCGUCAAGCUGCAGACCGUGAACCUGGCAGCCAAACUGUACCUCACCAACUCCAAACAGACGAAGCUGCUGACGCAGUAUAUUCUCAACCUGGGGAAGUACGACCAGAACUACGACAUCAGAGACCGCACCCGCUUUAUCCGCCAGCUGAUCGUUCCCAACGAGAAGAGUGGAGCUCUGAGCAAAUACGCCCGCCGCAUCCUGCUGGCCCCCAAACCCGCCCCUGUGCUGCAGUCUGCCUUCAAAGAUCGGGAUCGUUUUCAACUUGGCACGCUGUCUCACACUCUGAACUCUAAAGCCACCGGCUACCUCGAGCUAUCCGAUUGGCCAGAUGUGGCUCCUGACCAGUCCGUGAGAAAUGUGGAGGUGGUGGAAGCGGCGAAAGAAUGGGCUCCGGGCGUCAGCAAAACCAAACCUGCCAAAUCAGAUGAUGAUAAAUUCUACUCCGACUCCGGAGAGGAAGAGGAGGCCGAAGGUUCGGACAGCGGCAGCAGCAGCGGCGGCAGCGAGGACAGCAGCGACAGCAGCAGCGGUGAGUCUGAGAGCGAGGAGAAGAGUGAAAGCAGCGAGGACUCCGUGAAGAGCUCCAGCCAAUCGGAAAAGAGCAGUGACUCGGGCACUGACAAGAAGAAGAAGAAAACCCUGAAAAACAAGAAACUCCAGCAAGGAAAGAAAGCCGGCAAAGACGGUCGUUCCGAUGAAGGCCAGAAGAACGGACGUUUGGAGAAAUCUGGAUCGGGAUCAGGAAGUGCUUCAGCUUCCUCGGAGGAGAGUUCAUCAGCAGAGUCCAGCUCCGAGUCCGGUUCGGAUUCAGACUCCGGCACUGAUCAGAAGAGGAACACCAAGCCCAAGCCGAUCAAGAAGGUGGAGGAGACACAGAAGAAAGAGAGAGAAGCGUCUCUGCUGGAUCUGGAUGACUUUUCUCCGGCUGCAGUGACCAUGCCCAAAAGCUCCAUCCUCUCUCCAAGUCUUCUGUCUGACCUGGAGGGCCUUUCCCUCUCCUCCUCCACCACACCUGCCAUACAGGUGAGCAGUCCCGUGUUCGUGCCCGUACGCCCUCACGAGCUGCUUCACCGGAUGACGGGGAAAGGCCUGGCCGCGCAGUACCACUUCCCCCGGCAGCCGUGCAUCUAUGGUGACCACAUGGUGUCUGUGCAGCUGACGUUCAACAACCAUGGCGACCACGCGCUCGAGGACAUCCACAUCUCGGAGAAGACGUCUACAGGACAGAGCAUCCACUGCUUCAGGCCCAUCGAGCGUUUGGAGCCCGAGGCAUCAGUAACCGUGUCAGUGGGCGUGGACUUUAAUGACUCCACCCAGGCGGCCAGUUUCCAGCUGUGCUCUAAAACGGAGCGGUUCAGUGUGUCCAUCCAGCCGGCUGUAGGAGAGUUACUCCUGCCCGUCACCAUGACCGAACAGGACUUCAGCAGAGAGCAAGGAAAGCUGGUGGGAAUGAAUGAAUCCUCGGCAACCAUCACCAUGGCGCCCGAGACGGUCUCCAGCCAGCCGGUCAGUAAGAAGGUGGUGUCUGUGGCCAAUGUGGGUGUUGUUCCAUCAGGACAAGACAAUGUGCACAGGUUCGCGGCCAAGCUGGUGAGUUCUGGGACUCUGGUGUUGGUGUGUGUGGUACAGAAGGACUCCAGCGCUCAACUCACCGUCAACACGGAGAGAACCGUCGUGGGCUCCAUGCUGCUCCGCGAGCUCCAGACAGCACUCAGCAGCGCCCCCUAGAGACAGACCCCUAGAGUACAAACAGCUCUUUUACUGACAAACCCAGAUCCACCCACGUCUCGGGACACGACGCCGCUACGGUCAACCAGUCUGUCAGAAUCGCCCUCACUCUGUCCCGCCAUAAGACCUUUUACUUUAGAGCGCAGUACCCCCACACUGCCACUAGGCGGGAGGGAGUGGCCCUUACUGCGCUUUCUUGACUGAUGCUGAGAGGUCAAGGCCUGGGAAGCCACGGUGCUUUAUUAUUAAUCAGUGUUUAUUCCAUUCCCCACUCGAUUUCACUCUUUUUGGAUGAUGUUACUGUUUCAGGGCUGAACAUGAAGUGCCUUCUCCUUACGUGCGGGUUACAGUGCCCAGAUAUCCCCCGAGACUCGGGUCGUCAUGAAUACAAUAAAACGCUUUGAAACUGCUUCAAAAGGCAAA